AUGCAUACCUAAACCUGCCAAUUCUUGCUACCUAGGAGCCAUCGCAAUCUUAAUUCCAUAUAAAACACUGGAUGGAGUCAGCCAGCAUCAGAAAGUUUUUAGUCAUGACUCGUCGCACACAAUCGCGCUAUAUCUUUGACAUCGAGGAAAACUCCCGAGUUUUCCGCCAUCAGUUUUUCGUCAAUGGUGUAAGGCGAGCGGACUGCACCACAUGUGAAAGUCGAGUGCCAGUCAGCGAACCAUACCAUCACCACUGGCGAAAUGAUGUCCAGGACAAUAGAGGCCAUUGGAUUCAAAUUGGUCCGGAGGAAAAAGACAUCCUGAACAGAAUCGAGGACCAGGCCAUCGAAGAGUUUAUCCUGUGCGAUGGAAGCACUGCAGCAAGGACCAACGACUUUCUUCUGGAAGCUGGGAUGGAUGCAGUUCCUCAACUGCUGCGAUUUUUAAGUUAUGGUACCGAAAAACUGGAGGCCACAGUGGGAUUCUACGUGGAUGUGAAAAAGGAGCGAAUGUACUACGAAAGCAGUCCGUUAAAUAUCGAACACCAUUUGGAUAUUGGUGAGGCGGUGGACAUGAUAUUCUCCAUGCUGCUGGAGAAGAUCAGCAACUAUGUGCUGCUCCAUCAAAGGGUUCCACUGGAGGCGUGUGUCAUCAGAAGGAUGAAGGUGACGGUCAAGAGAUUUUGUGCCUCAUCUAAAAGCAAUUCCUGCAAACUCCCUUUGCAAUACCGCGUAAAAAACGCAGCAGAAGUCAACGAAAAUGGAAGUAAUAAGCCUGAUUUGAAAAAGCUUUCUGAAACUUAUUUAAACCAAAUGGACCAACAUAUUCCGGCUACACUAAAAAUAAACCUUUACACUUUUCGGGUCUGCAGCACCUCCAAGGAAUUAUAUGCGGUGCCAUAUUUGCUCCGAGGCGAUGAUGUCGAAAACACGCCCACCUUCAUCAUUCAAACGGACGUUGUUGGCGACUUUCAGGGCUUGGUUGAGAUCCGAAAUAUUAGAAAGUUCCUGCGGAUGGAUACCCAGGAUCGGGUCUUCGAGUGCCGCCAGUGCCAGUCCCACUUCGUGGACCGGGUGCACCUUGCCCUCCACAAGCAGAUCUCCUGUGGCAGGAACUUUAUGGUGUGGCACAUGGACAAGGACGCCAUCGAGUUGCACGAGAAUUGUUUGCCCCUGCCAAAACAGUACUUCAAAUAUGAUUGGGUCGGAUUGGCAAGCAAGAGAGUUUAAAGCCAUUUUAGAAUAUUAAUCGAUAUACAACUUAAUAAAUUAUUU